AUGAGUCAUAUUUACCCACCGCCAAAUACCCGUAUGAGUCAUAUUUACCCACCGCCAAGUACCCGUAUGAGUCAUAUUUACCCACCGCCAAAUACCCGUAUGAGUCAUAUUUACCCACCGCCAAGUACCCGUAUGAGUCAUAUUUACCCACCUCCAAAUACCCGUAUGAGUCAUAUUUACCCACCGCCAAGUACCCGUAUGAGUCAUAUUUACCCACCGCCAAAUACCCGUAUGAGUCACAUUUACCCACCUCCAAAUACCCGUAUGAGUCAUAUUUACCCACCUCCAAAUACCCGUAUGAGUCAUAUUUACCCACCGCCAAAUACCCGUAUGAGUCAUAUUUACCCACCGCCAAAUACCCGUAUGAGUCAUAUUUACCCACCGCCAAAUACCCGUAUGAGUCAUAUUUACCCACCGCCAAGUACCCGUAUGAGUCAUAUUUACCCACCGCCAAAUACCCGUAUGAGUCAUAUUUACCCACCGCCAAAUACCCGUAUGAGUCAUAUUUACCCACCGCCAAGUACCCGUAUGAGUCAUAUUUACCCACCGCCAAAUACCCGUAUGAGUCAUAUUUACCCACCGCCAUACCCGUAUGAGUCAUAUUACCCACCGCCAAAUACCCGUAUGAGUCAUAUUUACCCACCGCCAAAUACCCGUAUGAGUCAUAUUUACCCACGCCAACCACCGCCAAUACCCGUAUGGAGUCAUAUUUACCCACCGCCAAGUACCCGUAUGAGUCAUAUUUACCCACCGCCAAGUACCCGUAUGAGUCAUAUUUACCCACCGCCAAAUACCCGUAUGAGUCAUAUUUACCCACCGCCAGAUACCCGUAUGAGUCAUAUUUACCCACCGCCAAGUACCCGUAUGAGUCAUAUUUACCCACCGCCAAAUACCCGCAUGAGUCAUAUUUACCCACCGCCAAAUACCCGUAUGAGUCAUAUUUACCCACCGCCAAAUACCCGCAUGAGUCAUAUUUACCCACCGCCAAAUACCCCCAUCUGA